AGUAUUUAAACAAACUUAAAAGUAUAAUAUAAAUUCUGGAUGUUUUUAUAUAUAUUAAAUCUAUAAAUAAUUAAUAUAUAUAAGUAUAUAAAUCUAUUUUGGAUACCCAAAAUACUUCGGUUCGGAUCGGAUUAGGUUUCAGUUCUUCGAAUAUCAAAAUUUUGAAUAAUUCGGAUAUUCAAUAAAUUUUGGUUUGGAUUUGGUAGUACUUAUUCGGAUUGGAAUCGGUUUGAUUCUUCGAAUUCAAGUUUUUUGUGCAACCAUAAGUAAUGACAUAAAAAAACAAAUAGCAUCAUAUUUAAAAAAAAAAAAUAUAUUUGCGUCAAAAUCUAAGUACAUAAUUGAAUCAAAUGUACAUUUUACAAUUUGAAUAGAAGAAUUUUCUAUUUUUCUAGCCUAUGUGCUUACUAAUUAAUUUUGAAUCAAAUUUAACCAGUUAAAUCACAUUUUCAUGAUUUAUGACUUUGUAUUUAGAUUUGUUUUCCAUACUAAUACAAGUAUUUUACCCAUUUAGUCGAUGCAAGCGAAGUAAUUAAUUUAGUUUUCCGUCUGAACGAAGGUUCAUCUUAAUGGCAAAUAAGUUUGGAUAGUUUAACUUUAACAUCUUAAAUGGAAUAUUAACUCGCAUGGAAGACCAGCGACAAAUAAUUCAUUUGUGUUAGUAUUUACCAGAAUAAUUAACUCAUUACGAUUUUACCAAAAAUAUAUUGUAUAAUACAGUAGAGAAACUAAGAAGUAUACUCCCUGAAACAAGACAAAAUAAUAUAUAUAUAUAUAUUCUAAAACUGAUGGAUUACUUUCCCACAAACAAUUAACAUACCAUUAAUAUCCUUAUCAAAAUGAACAAAAUCAUUAUUCUUAAAUUUCUAUUAGGCAUUAAAAGCAUCUUGCCUCUUAAAUUUUCCGUACAAUAUGUUCGACUUCUAUAUAUGAUAAGACAUAUGUACAUACAUAAUUUUAUAGAACAUAUUUUUUCUAAAAUUCUAAAAUAAAUUCAUGCAUGUUGACAUAUGGCUAAAGCUAUGCAUUUCACCAUUAUCAUAUUAACUAUGAUUAGGCAUCGGCACAGAGCAGUUAUCCAGAAAAAUUUUACUAUCCGUGAUCCGCUUCGUCCCGUACAAAUAUUUAAGUUUUCGAUCUGUUUCGAUCCAUAAGAUUUUAAAUAUUCGUUAGUUCGAAUAUUUGUGACAAUUUCAAUUAUUCGCGGACUAUCCAAUACGUUUCGUAAAAAAAUAGAAAUAAAUUAAAAUUAAUAAUUAUUAAAUAAUAAAAUAUCUAAAAUAAUAUAAAAUAAUAAUAUAUAAUUAAAAAAUUAAAAAUAUUUACUUAAAAAAUUAAUAACUAAAAUAAUUAAUCUAAUAAAUUAAAAAUUAAAAUAUAUAAUUAUUAAAUAGUUUGUAUAUAUAAUAAUUUAAAUAUAUGUAUAUAUAUGCAUAUAAUUAACGGAUCGGAUAUUCGUUCCUAAAUUUUUUAGUAUUUGUGAUUUGAUUUGUCUCUUACGGAUAUUGCAUAGUAGUAUUUGCUUUUGAUUUGUAGAGUUACGGAUAUCCAGAUUUGUUCAAAUCAAGAUGAAUAACGAAUCAAAUCAGAUUUACGGAUAUUUUUCCCAAACCAAAUUAUAAUGAUAUCAACAAACAUGGAAAAUAUAAUUUCUCAAAUAGAAGGAUGUCAUCAUCAUAAAAAAAAAGGCUGGCUUCAUGCAUAUCCUAUAUCUUGCACACAAAAACUUGUAAAUAUAGGCUUCGAAUGUUUUAAUCCGCCUCGUAUCGCACCGCUAACAAAAAUCUUUACAUAUACCAUAUAUCUAUAUGUUUUUAUAACGGUUAGAACCGCAUCGCAGUUGAACCGCUUGUUCCGCACCACUUAAUCAAAUGUUACCAUUCGGAGCCAUAAUUUUACCAAGAAAAAAAACUUGUAUAUAAAUAGUUCAAUAUAUGUGUCUUAGCUUCUCCAUAUCAUAUCUCUCCCUCUAAAUCUCAAUCCUUUUGCAGAAAAUGAAUGGUGGAUUUGGCAUGAGAAAAGAUCUCACUCGAGUUUCAAACCCCCUAGAAUGUUCUCUUUGUCAGAGAAUCUUCUUCACACCUCAAGACCUAAUCACACACACCAACACUUUUCACUCCAAUCAUCAUUACUCCAACUUCUCAUCAUCUGCCGCUGCCCCCGCACCUGCCACCUUCCGCCACUACCCGAACCUUAACCGUAACCCUAAUCCUGCUUUCCCGGCAAUGAAUCGUUCUGACUUGAACAAUUACCGUAGUGGUCCUACAGAUGAACAAGGGAGGCUUCUCAAAGGAUCUGCGGCAAUGACUCCGACUAGAAACACUAACGUUUUGUUUGGGCAGCAGGAGAAGCCGAAGCUGAUGGAUCUCUUUCCGACGAUGCCAUCGGAAGGCUUACGUACGCUUCCGCUUCUUAGCCAGCUGGAGGAACGGACACCGCAGGAUACUGCGACGGAGCAAGGCGGGGCCAUCUCGAGUUCCAUCGACUUGACGUUAAGGCUGGGUUUUUCUUGAUAUCAAACAAGCAAAAUAUGAUUCUGGAUAAGAGAAACUAGGGUUCUUGAUGAAAACCAUUAAUAUGUUGUUGUUGUAGUUGUUGUUAUUGUUGUUGUUGCUGCUGCUGUUUCUGUUGUUGUUGCUGUUGGAAUGAUUAUUGUAAUAUCUAUUUUAUUUUCCUAUAAUUAAGGUGUUCUUAUGAAAACCUUUCAAAAAAAUAAAAUUUAAGGUGUUUUUCAUUUUGCAUAAUAUCUUGGCCCUAAUAUCUUCUUGUUUCUAUAUAUUAAUGAUUGUCAGACGAGAACCUGAUGGGACGAUUUGAUCGAAUAUUUGCUUUAAGAUGUGUUGGCAUAACAAGUGAAGAAAAGUUAUAUAACUUAUAUUUAUUUUUCUAUUCCACCAUGGUUUGUGUUUUAUGUAAGUUGUUGCAGUAGUAGUAUCAAUGCGACUAAUGCGACUUGUAAGUUGUUGCAGUGGUAGUAUCAAUGUGACUUGAGAAAAAUCGAGCUACCUCAAGAAUAAAGAAUUACUACAACAUUUAUUAGUAAGUGUAAGUCUAACUCACACCAAGAAACUAGUUUAAUGCACUUCUGAAAUUUCUAAACACUUAUAUACUGGUCUAGUACUCUCUAAAGUACAGUUGUGUGAUUGUUUGAUAGAGUUUGAGUUUUCGGCCUUAAUCUUUUUUCUAGAUUCAGGACCAGCCGUUGCGAAUACCUUAUGAUAGCCUUAAAGACAUAACAAACCAGUAACUAGCGUUAAACCACUAGUUCAAUGCACUUCUGAAAUGUGAAAUCAUUUUGCAAUUACAAUUUCUUCAUUCUAGUAAUUGUUUCUCCAAAUUAAUUCAAAUUAAGUCAUCUCUGCUUUAUUCUUUCGACUAGCAUGACUGCUAAUUCUGAUCGACUUGAAACAGGUGUGUGUGCAUGCAUGUGUAUAUAUGUAAGUUGUUGUCUUUUGUAACUAUCAGUGUGUUAGUGGUCAUGUAUGUCUCCUUAGUCCUUUCUCUCUACCCGGGAAAUACUCUCGUCGACUAGUUUUAAUUACUUUAUUUACCCAUAGAGAAUUGAGUAAACUGCAUCUAAUUAAAAAACAAAUUGUUUAAAAAGACUUGAAAAAGUCUUUUUGUUGGCAAAUUAAAUAUAGUGCUCUCCUUCUUCUUCACAACCAAGAAUGUGUCCGAAACCUAAUCUCUGAUUCUCUCUCUCCCUGUUUCCAACUUUUUUCUCUUUCGUUUAUCUUUCUCUUCAGAAGAAAUGAAAAUCAAUGGAUAAAGGUUUAAAUUCUAUGAUCUCGUUAGAUUCCUUGUUAAGUCGAACGUUUUUAAAUGGUUUUUUACAGAAAACGCUGAUUUGCUCUACAAGUCAGGGCUUGGCGCAUUCACAGUGUUGCAGCAUCUGAACUUCUAACAGAAAAUCAUGACGACCGUGAAAGGCCUUCUUAAAGGUCUUCGCUACAUUACUCAGAUUUUCGGUUAGUCUCAUCUCAUCAAUAAUUCACAACAUUUUGACGUUUCUUGUUGCACAAGUCAGAUCUUUAUAUGAUAAAUUUUAUAAUUUCAGAUGAAGAUAAAGACCAAGAUAUCCAGAUCGGGUUUCCCACCGAUGUAAAGCAUGUUGCGCACAUCGGAUCCGACGGUCCUGCAGCCAAUAUGCCAAGCUGGGUAUAAUUUGUACAUUUCUAAGUAUUUAUCCGCAUAUAGGGCUAGAUCUAGACACGACAAGAUGAAACAUUCGACUUGGCUUCCGAAUAAUAGAAAAAUAUUAUACAUAGAUUGCAUGCAUGGCUUAGAAAUUAUCAAAUAAAAAAUUAUUAAGUAACAUAAAAAUGUUUAUGGCCCUUAAAUCUCAGAUCUCGUCGUAUUAAUUAGUAUAA